CCAAUAAAAUGCUCAGCUCCACUGACGAAAGCUUGCCGGUGUCGUCCUGCCCACGCGACGCGAGAGCGGGAGCGGUGGGUCGAGGGACGAGCUGGACCCCGCCGCUAGUCCCCUACCCCUGCCUGCUCCCCCCCGCCUGCCCCGUGUUUAUAUCUGCCGCGCCGCACAGGGAGAGAGUCGAGUCCAGCUCGGCAGGUCAGUCAGUAGUGGAUAGCUCCGCUCGCGGUCGCGGGCGGCUCGAGUCGCACCCCAGAUCCCAAUGCGCCCCGCCGCGCCGCUCUAGGCCGCGGAACGGAAGCUAGGUGCGUCACACGCCGGGGCCGGUCGCGGUCACCGGACCGGACGCACAGGGGCGCCGUACGUGCAGUCAUCGGCCAUGAAGGUCCUCGUCGUCGCCGUGCUGGCGCUCGUCGCCGCCGCCGCCGCCGCCGCCGCCGCCGCCGGUCAGGGCGAGGAGGGGGGCGGGCCGCCGCUGCCGUUCGCGGUGGGCGCGGCGCCGGCGGGCUGCGACGUCGCGCAGGGCGAGUGGGUGCGCGACGACGACGCCCGCCCAUGGUACCAGGAAUGGGAGUGCCCCUACAUCCAGCCGCAGCUGACGUGCCAGGCGCACGGCCGCCCCGACAAGGCGUACCAGAGCUGGCGCUGGCAGCCGCGGGGCUGCUCGCUGCCCAGCUUCAACGCGACGCUGAUGCUGGAGAUGCUGCGGGGGAAGCGGAUGCUGUUCGUGGGUGACUCGCUGAACCGGGGGCAGUACGUGUCCCUCCUCUGCCUCCUGCACCGGGCCAUCCCCGACGGCGCCAAGUCGUUCGAGACGGUGGACUCGCUGAGCGUCUUCCGGGCGAAGAACUACGACGCCACCAUCGAGUUCUACUGGGCGCCGAUGCUGGCCGAGUCCAACUCCGACGACGCCGUGGUGCACUCCGCCGACGACCGCCUCAUCCGCGGCGCGCCCAUGGACAGGCACUCCAGCUUCUGGAAGGGCGCCGACGUCCUCGUCUUCAACUCCUACCUCUGGUGGGUCGCCGGGGACAAGAUCCAGAUCCUAAGGGGCGCCGACAACGACCCGAGCAAGGACAUCGUGGAGAUGAAGUCGGAGGAGGCCUACCGGCUGGUGCUGCACCAGGUGGUCCGGUGGCUGGAGCGCAACGUGGACCCCGUCAAGUCGCGGGUGUUCUUCGUCACCGCUUCGCCGACGCACACGGACGGCAGGGCGUGGGGCGACGACGACGCGGAGGGCAGCGGCAACUGCUACAACCAGACGUCGCCGAUCAGCGCCGCCUCGUCCUACCGUGGCGGCACGAGCCAGGAGAUGCUGCGCGCGACGGAGGAGGUGCUGGCCACGUCGCGGGUGCCCGUCGGGCUGGUCAACAUCACGCGGCUGUCCGAGUACCGCCGGGACGCGCACACGCAGACCUACAAGAAGCAGUGGGUGGAGCCGACGGCCGAGCAGCGCGCCGACCCCAGGAGCUACGCCGACUGCACGCACUGGUGCCUCCCCGGCGUGCCGGACACGUGGAACGAGCUGCUCUACUGGAAGCUCUUCUUCCCCAGCAACGAUCAGGUCCUCUGAUGGUGCAUUGGUGCCUGCAUACAUACGCCUGGAAACCAACUGCUAGGGGCUAGCCCAAAGAAAAUGUGUCUAGAUGAACAAAGACAUGGGGUUCAAAUGUUUUGUUUUGAUUUCGGAUAUGGACGCUGUCGAUGCUCUUGUUCUCUGUGGAAUUCUUCUUACCAACUGUGCCUCCCAUAUAUACAUCACUACUGAUACUAGAAUCUAUGCUGAUAUUUUCUUUCGUUAAAAAAA